CCCUGUCCCACUGGCCGACUUCCUCGGCGCCAGCUCCGCAUCGUUCGACGAGAACGAGAGCGGCCACCUCUCGCUGCGCGCGCCGACGUCCUCGCCGUCGGAGAGGGGACGUGCGAUAGCAACCCAGAGCCCGCCGAAUCCGAAAUUGAUCAUUGACCUGGCCUGGAUGUCGGGUCAUCUCUAGCUUCCGUCUGGUGUCCAGCAGCGCCGCCCGGAGCAUCCGUCUGGACAAGCCGCCGCCAUCGCCAUGUCCAAUGACCCGGCCGCACGCCGGCUGCUCCCCCAGACCUCGCAGAUGGGCUCUUUCUCGUUCGCGCCGUCAGCCUACCCGCAGCAGCCGCGGGAAACGCAGAAAAACUAUGUCUUCGUCGACGAGCACAACCGGCACAAGCGGUUAAAGGUGAUGAGAGCUUGUGAGGGUUGCCGAAGGAGGAAGAUCAAAUGCGAUGCAGCAACGACCAACACCUGGCCCUGCUCGGCGUGCAUCCGGCUAAAGCUGCACUGCGUCCGUCCGAACGGGCUCGACAGCGGCGAUUCGCAAGUCUACGAGCCAUCACAACCUCAGUUCGAGGCUGCGCAGAUCCCGGACAGCUUCAGACAGCAACUGCCCCUCCAGGACCAACAGCUUCUCGCCCACGCGCCCAAGCAGGGCGCGCUUUAUCCGCCCCAGACAUCCUACCAGGACGCCGCGGGCCUCUACCAUUCGGUCCAGUACACGGAGUCUCAGCCCGUGCCGCACGAGCUCCAGUAUGCACCCGUACCUCAUCAGCCCGUCGGUGUCGUCGACCAGCACUACACGACGCAGACCAGCGCGUUUCCGACCCCUCCGCUGCAACAUGCUCCUCAACCAGAUUCUCCCGAAGACACAUUCCAGUCCGAGUACGCUCAGCAGGACCUGGCGGACCUGCUGGGCUCUCUGAAAGUCGACGAGGCGGGCACAGCGCCCUAUCUCAACAGCAAAAUGCGACACCUCAGGGAGGAAGAGCCGGCCGUGGAAGAUGGAGACGAAUACAAGACGCUGCUUCCGCCUCUCACGACGGGGCCCGGGCUCAAGAUCCGCAUCCCGCCCGAGCUGAUGCCCGACGACGACACGGUCCUUCAUUAUCUCGAUCUGUACUUCGUCAAUGCCCACCCUUACGUGCCCGUCCUGGACAAGAACUACUUCUACCACCAAUGGCACAACAACAGGGAGUCCAUCUCCCCGCUCCUCCUCGAGGCCAUCUUCGCCAUUGCCGGCCGGCUCGCGGACGAGCCUGCGCAGGGCCAGCAAUGGCUAGCACUGGCAACUCGACAUGCCGACUCGUUCAUGGACGUGCCGCGGCUGAGCACGCUCCAGGCACUCAUGAUACUCCUGAAGGCGAGGGAGUCCGCGCCGAAGAAGGGCUACUACUACCGGUCGUGGAUGAGCAUUGUGCAGUGCGUCCAACUGGCCAAGGAUUUGGGGCUCGACGAGCACUUCGCCGAUCACCAGGCCGGCAGGUCCUGCAAUGGGAGCCAGGCGGAGUGCGCCUUGAAGACGCGCAUCUGGCAGACCUUAUUUGUCGUCGAGUUAAUGAUCGGCUCUCCACAAGGCCGAACCGACUUUCAGAUCGAAGAAUCGUCGGUCGACUUCAGCAUUCCGAGACCGCCACCGAACGGCGACGACUCCGAGUACCUGGUGUCCCGCAACUUCGCCUAUCUUGCGCUGGCCGUCCGCCCUGUCGGCCGGAUGGCGAGGACGUACGGGCGGCUGAAGAGGAGCAAGGAUUGGGGUAUCGACCCCGAGUUUGUCCAGCUGGAUCCGUCUCUCACCCCGUGGCUGGCGGGGCUCCCGCCGGACUUGACCAUCAGCUAUCCGGCCGACGGGUCGCCCCCGUGGCUGCCCUCCCCCUUCGUCGGCAACCUCCACUCAUAUUACUACCUAACCAUCAUCUUGUACAACAGGCCACAGCUGGCGGUUCUGUCGCCGUCGGCACCGGGGGGCCAAUGGAAACGGCACAUGCUGGUGUCCUACAACGCGGCCAAGAUACUCUGCAGGCUACAGGAGGCCGUGAUGGGCCAGUUCGGACUCAAAGGGCUCCAGUGCAUGCAGCGGGGGAUCAACUUCACCAUCUAUGUGGUGCUUGGCUGCAUCGUGCUGCACCUGGUCGCGAUAACGUCGCCGGAUCCGGACCUGAACGCGGAGGCGCGGGACUACUUCACGCGCCACAUGAGGAUUCUGGAGAAGUGCAUGAGCGCGUGGCCUAUGCCCGACAUGCAGAAGCAGGUCGACUCGGUGCGCGAGGCCUUCUCGGCCGACACCCGGAAGCCGUUUGUGCUGAAGCCGACGUUCCCCUACGGCAGCCCGCACUCGGCCACGCACCCCAGCCCGCCCGGCAUGCCGCACUCGCAAAGUGUCUCGCCCGUCGUCCCCGCGCUAACCACGAUGGCUCCCGGUGCCGCAUCUCAGGCGUCUUCGGGUGUGGCACAGACGCUCCCGCUGGCCGAGGCGCCGCCAGCCUGGAACCCGUCGCGCAUCUUCGACCAAUGGAACAUCUCCUUCGGCGGCCCGCCCAUCCUCCAGCCCUCCCCGCCCACCGCAAACGCCGUCACGCUCCAGGACAUCCACCAACUCCCACACCCGCACCACCCCCACCAACACCAGCACCAUCAACAGGCAAUGCAAGGCCAGCUCCGCGCGGCCGCCGCCGCGCAUGCGCAGGCGCAGGCGCAGUACGCAGCCGCCGUUGCCGCCGCCACCAGUGCCGGUGCCAGUGCCGGUGUGCCUGUCCAGCAACAACAACAACAACCACAGCAACAACAGCCACAACAGCACUCGUUUGUCACGCCGGCCAUGUGGCAGGAGUCGGUCGCCAGCGUGUACGAGAACGGGCUCAAGCGGGGGUGGGACUGGGAUGGCGGGCAGACGACGGCUGGUGGGCAGGGCGGGCAGGGGGUUGGGGUGGGGGUUGGGCAGAGGGGGUGAAGAGACUUUGAAUCUGAUGAGUAAAGGGAGGGAGCGGGACUAAGCUGGAGGGUGGGCUGAGUGUGGCCACCCAGUCUUCCCUCUUACUCUUUUGGUUGCGGUGGUAUGACUAUUUCCGGUUGUGGUGGUAUGAUGAUGAUGAUGACUUGUGCGCUCGCUCGCUCGUUCGUUCUCUGGCUGGCUGGCUG